CGCUGUAGCUGUAGUGGGGGAAGGGGUUGCUGAAGUUGACGGAACCGCCAUCUUGAAAAGUGCCCUCCGAUGAUCUACCUUUUCGCGCCUGUCGGAAUCAGUUUUAAACACUUUAUUUUCCUUACCGAAAUUUCGUGUUAUCUGUGUUUGUUUUGUUAAGGCCCGGGGCUAAUGGCAAGAUAAGCUACAUGCUGGAGAGUCGCCGUUUACCGUUGUCUAUCGGUGUGUGCUGUUGAACUGCUGUAUGUGUGCUGUUUGUCAGUCUGUCCAUCACCACUGUCUGCCUGCCUGUCUGUUCGUCCGGCUAGCUGGGAAUGGGCCACAACUCCCAAAGACUAGAACAAACCUCUUUAUAACCUGAGCUCCGCCAUCUAGACUCCAACAUACUCACAGAGCCAUCAUGUUUUGGAAAUUUGACCUCCACACCACAUCCCACAUUGACACGCUGUUAGAAAAGGAGGAUGUGACGCUGACCGAGGUGAUGGAUGAGGACGACGUCCUGCAGGAGUGCAAGGCCCAGAACCACAAACUGGUUGACUUCCUGCUGAGACCACAGUGCAUGGAGGACCUGGUCACCUUCAUCACCCAAGAACCCAGUACUGAUGUUGAGGAGAAGAUUAAAUACAAGUAUCCCAACAUAUCAUGUGAGCUGCUUACAUCAGAUGUCAGCCAGAUCAAUGACAGACUGGGAGAAGAUGAAAAACUGCUCAUAAAACUGUAUGGCUUCCUUCAGAAUGAGCCACCUCUCAACCCGCUCCUGGCCAGCUUCUUCUCCAAAGUCCUGUCCAUUCUUAUCGGACGCAAGCCUGAACAGAUAGUGGAUUUUCUGCGGAAGCGGGAGGACUUUGUAGACUUGAUGAUCAAACACAUCGGGACAUCUGCUAUCAUGGACCUGCUGCUCAGAAUGCUCACCUGCAUUGAACCACAACAGCUACGACAGGACGUUCUCAAUUGGCUGAAUGAGGAGAAGGUGAUUCAGAGACUGGUGGACAUGGUACAACCUUCUCAAGAUGAGGAUAGACACUCCAAUGCCUCCCAGUCGCUGUGUGAGAUCAUCAGACUGAGCAGAGACCAGAUGUUCCAGGUCCAGGGCUGCUCAGAGCCCGACCCACUUCUGGCCACACUUGAAAAACAGGAGACGGUGGAGCAGCUGCUGUCUAAUAUCUUCGACAAGGAGAAGAAUGAAUCUGCAAUUGUCAGUGUUAUCCAGAUCCUCCUCACAUUGUUUGAGACAAGGAGACCAGCGUUUGAGGGUCAUAUGGAGUGCCCCCCUGGGAUGUCCCACCCAUCAUUCUCAGUCAACCACAGCAUUCUGGAGGCUGUGAGACCCCGACUCAAAGACUUUCACCAGCUGCUACUGGAACCCCCUAAGAGGAAUGUGAUGAAGACAACGUGGGGGGUUCUGGACCCUCCUGUGGGCAACACCAGACUCAAUGUGGUCAGACUGGUGGCCAGUCUGUUGCAGAGCAACACACACAGCAUAAACACAGAACUCAUUAAUCUCAACAUACUGGGAGUCAUACUAGAUAUGUAUUUCAAAUACAUCUGGAACAACUUCCUCCACAUUCAGGUGGAGAUCUGCACAGCCAUGAUUCUGGCUAUGCCCCCCGCCCCUAAUGACACCCAGCCAGACACAGAGCAAGAACAUGCAAGGGAGAGCAUUCUCAUCAAAAAUCUGUUUCAAAAGUGCCAGUUUAUACAGAGAAUCGUAGACGCUUGGAGCUCCAAUGAGAAAGAACAGGCGGAAGGUGGUCGGCGACGAGGCUACAUGGGUCACCUCACCAGAAUAGCCAACUCUAUAGUUCAUAACUGUGACAAAGGCCCUAAUGGACCACAGAUACAACAGCUCAUCUCUGAGCUCCCAGCAGAGGACCGAGAGAAAUGGGAGGCAUUUAUUUCUGGGCAGCUGGCUGACACAAACAAGAGAAACACUGUUGACCUGGUGAAUACACACCACAUCCAUUCUUCCAGUGAUGAUGAGGUGGACUUUAAAGACAGUGGCUUUCACCAGGACUCCUCUCUACAACAAGCCUUUUCUGAUUAUCAGAUGCAACAAAUGACGUCCAAUUUUAUUGAGCAGUUCGGCUUCAAUGACGAAGAGUUUGCUGAUCAGGACGAUGUUGUGGAUAUUCCAUUUGAUAGAAUAUCAGACAUCAAUUUUUCACUGAAUACAAAUGAAAGUGCGAAUAUAGCUUUGUUUGAGGCACGCUGUAAGGAGAAAAUCCAGCAGUUUGAAGAUGCUGGUUCAGAUGAGGAGGAUAUCUGGGAUGAAAAAGAUGUAACCUUCGCACCAGAGGCACAGAGACGCCCCAGGAGCUCAGGCAGCACAGACAGUGAGGAAAGCACAGACUCGGAGGAGGAGGAUGUGAAAAGAGAUUCAUUUGAAACUUCCAACCCCAGCACCGAUGACCGAAUGGAAGUCGAUACAGGGCCAGUGUGGACGGCCAACUUUGAUGACAUCCCCAUGGACACAGGUACAUCGACAGCUCCGGCCUCCAGCCCCAACAACCCUGCUGCCUCCUCUCCUUUGUCCUCAUCAUCUUCCACAGAAGUCCUCCCUGAGGCAGCAUGGAGCUCCUCUUCAGCUGCCACCUCCAACUCUGAAACAGGCUGGGCUGAUUUCUCCAACUUCACUCCUGUCAGCCCCAAACACCCUCUGAGGUGCAACUCUCCUGUUGCUAUGGAAACCAGCAUAGAGACAAUGGACCCUCUGGGGGUCAAUGCACGCAUGCAGCGUGAAGACUGUGAUGGCUGGUUGGGCACCAGUGUGGCUUCUCUCUCCUCCACCUCACCUAUGGAUCGUGGGAGAUCUAAAGCGGAGGAGGAAACGGCCUGUUGUGAGCAGCGCAGCAUCACAGAGACAGUCAUCAAUGGCUCCAUGAAAGAAACGGUCAGCCUCACUGUUGACGCCAAGACUGAGACUGCCGUCUUCAGGAGAGUGUUGAAAUCUUAUCGUGAUGAAGAGAAGAGUGCUUCUUCAGAGAAAUACUCAGUAGUGGAGUGUGUGGAUUCGGAGAGAACAGGCUUCAACAGCUCAGCGUUAGCCUGCUGUCCCAAAACAGGCAGUGAGAAGUGUCGGUCCACUGUGGAGCUUCCCAAUGGUCCCCUAGAGGAAAUGUCCUCCAUAGAGGAGGCCAAACUGGACCAGAGUGCCUCCUCAGAGCCAGCUGUAAAUGGGCCGGCAUGAGGGUUGCCAGUGCCAGCCAAUGGCCAGCCUGUUCUGCCAUGCAGGGCUCUCCUCCUGGCCAGCCAGGGGUGGCCACUGCUCAGAGUUGUACCAAUCACACGCCCCCACCAGGACCAGCAAUACUCCCAUCGGCUUAUCACUGACAGACAGACGGACAGGUGUACAGACACAUGAUGAACUGAGAAGCAAAAUGAGAGACAUACUCAAAUGGAUACAAAAUAAUUUUUUUCUGCAUUUGUUUAUAUACUAUUGUUCUUAUGAGGCAAUGUGCGACUGAUAUCUUACCACUCAAAAUUAAAUGGUAAUGUUGCUAUAGUUAAAAAAAUGAUUGUAUGAAUAAAAUAUUUUAUAAAAAGAAAAAUGUAUACAGAAACAUAAGAUGAAUUACCACAGAAACAGGAAUAGCUGAUUGGUGACCCAACCAACCACUAAGCUGUUGUUACUGGCUGGAUCUGUCUGACACUUAAUACAACAGUUACUAUAUUUAAAAUUCUCACCCACCAUUGGUCUGUGUCUCUGAGCAAAGCUGCUCCUAUGAAUUGAAACACAUUUUAAAAACAACACUUAGGUUUUAUUUUGCUGCAGGUAUUUGUGAAUGUUUUUCUCUUGUAUUCUUCUGCAUCAAGUAAGAUUUGAUGAGAUUUUUUUGGUAAAGUUUUUCCUUUUUAUUUUUUUUAUUAUGGAAGUAAGAUGAUGGGUAUGUUUUGUUACUAAAGAGCCAUACCAACACACCCUCUCCCCUUCUAGCAGGCUGCAUUCAUGUUAACUGGGUUCCUACCUCGCAGCUAGAAGGCUUUACAGGAGAGAUACAGUAUGUUGUCACCACAUCCUACACUGGGAGUAGUAGAUGCAUUCUGAGCUUGUGUUUUUCAUACCAAGGAAACUUAUUCGGAACCACAGUCCUCUUCUUUGGCCCAAAACAGCUUUUUUUUUUUUUUAAUAUAUAUAUCUGAAGUGCUUUUUAUACCAGUGGUUCUCAACUUGGGGGGUCUUUAGAUCACAUUUAAAAAAUUUAAUUGCAGUGUGCAGAACACUGAUUUUAACUAGUAUUUUAGAGAAAUUAGUAGGGGAGUGAAAGGGCUGUUAAAGACAAACUAAAUGCAGGAACAUGAAAUUAAAUUUUAAGAAAUACAUUUAACAAAUGAGUUACCCUCUGCAAGAUUAGCCAGUGUCCAGCCAGGUGUGAUUCAAUCACUUUAUGAUAAGAGAGCUAGUUAAAAUUGUAAAUUUGGACAGUCAUGAUAUCAGCUGCUGACCAAGUUCCAACCACAUGUUUUUAUUCUUAGACUGUGUUCAAACUGACAACAGCACUGUGUAAAACACAAAUCGGCACCUUUCUUUUCGGUGGUGUUGGCAAAUCAGGGGUGCUGACACAGAGGGCUCAGGCAAAAAAAAAAAGGCAAAGAAGUUGAAUGUGGUUCAACGAUUGCUUUAAAGCAUUGGGACAUCAGACAACACACUGUUGGCCAAUCAAAUCAGUGCAUCGAGGGCUUCCUGGCUUCUUUCCUGCAUUGUAUUUUAUCUUCUCAGCAGUAACCAAAGUAACAGAUCCCCACCAGACCCUUGUGGUUUGCAGUGAUGUUUAAUCCAGGAAGUCCAGUUUGAGUAAAGCAUCUGAGUUUGAAGCGUUUUUUGUGCUAUUGUCAGUCUGACCCCACCCUUGUUCCACCUCCAUUUUUUUCUUUGAAUCACCACCUCUACUUGAAAAUCUGCCUUCAUGAGGCAUUGGAUUGACUUUUAAAACCUGCUAUGGUUGUGUUCAUACUUAUUGUAGUAGCCUCUGUAUAUAUGGCCUUUUAGCUUUGGUUUAGUCUUCACCAAGUCUGGCUCUUGAGCAGCUAGAUGCUUAACCUUCUUUUCUUAACCUUAUAAAUAAAGGACCAACUGUUGCGAUGGACCAAUUGUUAGUCUACUGAGAAAAAAAUGCAAAAAUGAAGAUCAGCUAAUCUUGAUUGGCAGCAGAUGUGUUGCCGCAUUACUGCUUAAUAUCCGUCCACAUUAUGUUAACGUUUGGCACUGAGCCCUAAAUAGACCAGUUACCAAUGCAUCUACCUGUAGCAGAGAUUUUAAUUAUUUAUAUGUUGCUUCUGCAGCCUUCCUUCGCACUUCUUUCCCUUCCUUUCCCCUCACCAAAUGUGACAAAUUUUUUUUUUUUUUUUUCCCCUGUCUUGGCAACCCAUGAUUCACUGGUUGGGAUUUGGUUCAAAUGUACCAGCACUGGAAAGGGAAGAAACUAUUUACAGAUGAUAGUACAACUCAACUCCACUUUGUUUUGUCAGAUUAACUGAUUAAAUUUCAUCUUAAUUUCUGAA